CACACACACACACACACACACACACACACACACCGGAAAAUGAAGCGUGGGUCGAGUGUGUUGCAGCCUCCCUCUGAUGCAGCCAAACGACACACACACCCCGCAAACACACACACAAAGACACACACCAGCUGCAGUGAUGAUGCUCGCCUGCUGAGCGUGCCCGACACGCGCGCUGAACACACACCGGACACAAACGCCACAGGUUCGAGUCCCUUCCCAGCAGCCACCUCUCUCUUCAGCCCGGAUGUCAGCACCAAGAUGGCGUCUGACCUCCUCAUCAGGCUGUCAGAGGCGACCCAGAAGGCCCAGAUGCAUCCUGGGAGGCAGGCGGAGGCGGAGCUUCAGAGGCGUGAGGCCCUGCCGGAGGUGCGUGGCGGGCAGCAGGACGAGCCCGGCCUCGCUCUGUCACCGGACGGCCCCGGGGCGAGUCCGGAGCCGCCGUCACUCUCACACACACCUGAUGGCAACGCCGCCACGGACACACUGGCCUCAGACCUGCUGAGGAAACUGGCAGAGCGACAGGAAGUGAGCAGCCGCACGGUGAGGGUCAAAGAAGAAGAAGAACCGAUGGAGGUCGACUCAUUGGCUGCCUCCGACCUCGUCCACAAUCGACCAAUCCCAAAAGAGAUAACCCCACCUCCCUCUGCGAUGGCGAGCCACCAUCUCUUCAGCAUUAAAACAGAGGAGCAGGUCCCCGAGCAGCUGCUCCGCGGAGCCAAAAUGGCGGAUCAGUGUGUCCAUGACUUCAAAAUAGAAGACAUGUUUUACACUGGAGGCUGCCAGCCCGGCUCCAAAACGGCAGACAGUGUCGUCCCCGGGGCCAACAAGUUUCAGUUCAGAGUGAAACUGGAGGAUCAUGGUGUCUCUGCAGCCAAAGUGGAAGACCGACUUCCAUCUGGAGCCAAAAUGGAGGACUGGCUUCAAUCUGGAGCCAAAACGGAGGACCAGCUUAAAUCUGGAGUCAAAAUGGAGGACUGGCUUCAAUCUGGAGUCAAAUUGGAAGACCGGCUUCAAUCUGGAGCCAAAACGGAAGACCAGCUUCUAUCUGGAAUCAAAAUAGAAGACCGGCUUCAAUCUGGAGCCAAAAUCAAAGACCGGCUUCUAUCUGGAACCAAAAUGGAGGACCGGCUCCUAUCUAGAGCCAAAAUGGAGGACCAGCUUCUCCUUAAAGCAAAACUUGCAGAGCGGCCUUUCUCUGCGGCCAAGAUGAGCAACAAGUUCCUCUCUGGAGUCAAGAUGGAGGACCAGCUUCUCUUUGCAACCAAAAUGGAAAACCGGCUUCACUCCGGAGCCAAGAUGUCGGACCACGUUUUCUCAGGAGCAAAGUCGGAGGAGCAGCUGUUCUUCGGAGCCAAGAUGGAGGACCAGUGCCUCAGGGCCGUGCUGUGGCAGGACAUGUCGGUGAACCUGGCGUCCACGCUGCUGCACCAGCUCUCAGAGAGAGUCAGUAAAUCCAACAGUCGGCCGGUGGAGCCGAUGACUCCGCCCCUCAGAGUAAGUCCUGUUUUGAAGGUGAAUGUGGACCCGCUCUGCUCCUCCCCUCUUUUGAGCUCUCAGCAGCCUCCACAUGAAACCAGAACCAGCAGGGAUCAGGCCGCAGGUUGCUCGUUCUUCUACAGGUAACACAAACAAACACAUGCACUGAGGACUCGCACUGACAUCCUGGACUCCCUCGGACCCUGAAACCAACCAUGAAAACAUUAAU